UGAAACCAAAGCAACAGUCCGAGCAGCUUUCAGAAUGACAGUCUGCAGAAGUGAGCUGAGCGUGUGCGCUGUACGGGGCUCUCCUGCCUUGUGGGCUCCUUCGUAGCUCUGUGGCUGAACUGGGUGCUCACCACGGGAACUGCUGGGCUAUGGAAUACAGAUGUGGCACCUCAGGUAGCCCCACGUUGCCUGGAGGAAUACAUCAAGCUUUCUGAUAAGAAGAAAUUGUAGAAGCCAGUUCUGUAACCCCCCCCCCCCCAAGAGAGAAAAAAAAAAAAACUGUAAAGAUGCAAAAACGUAAUAUCCAUGAAGAUCCUAUUACCUAGGAAGAUUUUGAUGUUUUGCUGCGAAUGCGGUGUUGGGAUUUAUUUGUUCUUGGAGUGUUCUGCGUGGCUGGCAAAGAAUUAUGUUCCAAAAUCGGUCCAUCUCCCAAGGGGUCCAAUUUUUCUUCCUGGGUGUCAGCGAGCCCUGACUCACUACAGUGCAGCUGACAGGGGCUGUCAUGCAAGUGGCCCCCUAAGCCAAAGCAAAGGACCUAAGGACGACCUUUGAACAAUACAAAGGAUGGGUUUCAAUGUAAUUAGGCUACUGAGCGGAUCAGCUGUAGCACUGGUUAUAGCCCCCACUGUCUUACUGACAAUGCUUUCUUCUGCUGAACGAGGAUGCCCUAAGGGCUGUAGGUGUGAAGGCAAAAUGGUAUAUUGUGAAUCUCAGAAAUUACAGGAGAUACCCUCAAGUAUAUCUGCUGGUUGCUUAGGUUUGUCCCUUCGAUAUAACAGCCUUCAAAAACUUAAGUAUAAUCAAUUUAAAGGGCUUAACCAGCUCACCUGGCUAUACCUUGACCAUAACCAUAUCAGCAAUAUUGACGAGAAUGCUUUUAAUGGAAUACGCAGACUCAAAGAGUUGAUUCUGAGUUCCAACAGAAUCUCCUAUUUUCUUAACAAUACCUUCAGACCUGUGACCAAUUUACGGAACUUGGAUCUGUCCUAUAAUCAGCUGCAUUCUCUGGGAUCUGAACAGUUUCGAGGCUUGCGGAAGCUGCUCAGUUUACACUUACGGUCUAACUCCCUGAGAACCAUUCCUGUGCGAAUAUUCCAAGACUGCCGCAACCUGGAACUUUUGGACCUGGGAUAUAACAGGAUCCGAAGUUUAGCCAGAAAUGUCUUUGCUGGCAUGAUCAGACUCAAAGAACUUCACCUGGAGCACAAUCAAUUUUCCAAGCUCAACCUGGCCCUUUUCCCAAGGUUGGUGAGCCUUCAGAACCUUUAUUUGCAGUGGAAUAAAAUCAGUGUCAUAGGACAGACCAUGUCCUGGACCUGGAGCUCAUUACAAAGGCUUGAUCUGUCAGGCAAUGAGAUCGAAGCUUUCAGUGGACCUAGUGUUUUCCAGUGUGUCCCAAAUCUGCAGCGCCUCAAUCUGGAUUCCAACAAGCUCACAUUUAUUGGUCAAGAGAUUUUGGAUUCUUGGAUAUCACUCAAUGACAUCAGUCUUGCCGGGAAUAUAUGGGAAUGCAGCAGAAAUAUUUGUUCCCUGGUAAAUUGGCUGAAAAGUUUUAAAGGUCUGAGGGAGAAUACAAUAAUCUGUGCCAGUCCCAAAGAGCUGCAAGGAGUAAACGUGAUCGAUGCAGUGAAGAACUACAGCAUCUGUGGCAAAAGCACCACGGAGAGGUUUGAUCUGGCCAGGGCUCUCCCCAAACCAACGUUUAAGCCCAAGCUCCCCAGACCAAAGCAUGAGAGCAAGCCCCCUCUGCCCCCCACGGUGGGAGCGACAGAGCCAGGCCCAGAGACCGAUGCUGACACGGAGCACAUCUCUUUCCAUAAAAUCAUCGCAGGGAGCGUGGCCCUUUUCCUGUCCGUGCUCGUCAUCCUGCUUGUUAUCUACGUGUCAUGGAAGCGGUACCCUGCAAGCAUGAAACAGCUGCAGCAGCGCUCCCUCAUGCGAAGGCACAGGAAAAAGAAAAGGCAGUCACUAAAGCAAAUGACUCCCAGCACCCAGGAAUUUUAUGUAGAUUAUAAACCCACCAACACGGAAACCAGCGAGAUGCUGCUGAACGGGACAGGACCCUGCACCUAUAACAAAUCAGGCUCCAGGGAGUGUGAGAUACCUUUAUCUAUGAAUGUGUCAACCUUUCUGGCAUACGACCAGCCCACAAUAAGUUAUUGUGGGGUGCAUCAUGAGCUUCUCUCUCAUAAAUCCUUUGAAACGAAUGCACAGGAAGAUACGAUGGAAACACACCUAGAGACUGAGCUGGACCUGAGCACAAUCACAACAGCUGGCCGAAUCAGUGACCAUAAACAGCCACUGGCUUAACUGAGCUGACUGGUGGCCAAGGGUUGCUACCAAACUUUGUAACCUCAAGGACAAAAUGAGGAAGAUCUGUUCAUUGUGACUCUGAAAAACAAAACAAAACAAAAAUCCCCUGUUCAAAUAAAACAAAAAUCAAGAUUGAUUCAUGAAAUAAAGAAGACAUGAAUUGUUUCAAGUCUACACUUUGUAAUUAGCUAAGUUGUGCAGUAUUUUUUUGACUUAAAGAGUAUGACCCUGAAAAAAAAAAAGAAUCGAUUUUUCAAAACUCAUCCUACCUACGUGUAAAAACUGUACAGAGCUAAUGUAUUUUUCAUAUUGUAAAGUUUCAAUUAUAGAAACAACUGGUAUGUACAGUACCAUAAUUUAAUUACAUUUUACUUUACAAACUUUACACAUUUCAGUUUCUAAAAUUUUAAAUUAACAAAAAUUAUUUCUUGUGUUAUUCAAAGUUACUCAGUUUUGUAGGGACUGUUUUGUUACUGCUUUUGUGCCCAGAAACCUUGACUCUAAAAUUCUGUGCUGUGCAAAAUAUGCACGAUUUUUAUCAUGCUUACUGCGUAGAAUUUUAUCUACUUGUUCCAGAAAUAAUACAUUAACCAAAAAGGAUUUAAUUGUUCAGACUUGUAAGAGGUUCUUCAAUUACAUAGACAGGUUUUUCUUAUAAAUGAAAAAAAAAAAUCAAAAGAUUUUUUUAACAGUUCUUCUCAGAUUUAACUGUUGCCUUGAAUUACAGCCUAGUUUCUAAGCAGUGAAAUGUAAUGAUAAAGAGGGAUAUUUUAACAACAUAUUUCCGAAUGAAUGACUCAUUAUUUCAUUCUUUUGAGUAACCAUUGUUAAGGGUUGGGGGGAGAAGUAUGGACAAGACAUCACUGGGAAACAAAGGCCGUAACCACAGCAACAGACUUUGAUACACUUAAAAGGUGCAGCUGCCAGUGACAAAGAAAAACUUUUGUUACAUCUCAUUAUUUUCAGGCCAAGGUGGGAGGAAUAGAGCAUAAUAACUGUACAGUAGCAAUUUUUCUUCUAAUUAACCCAAAGCGGUUUACCUAAAAAUAACCAUCAAGUCAGUGCAAAAUGUGCCUGGUUCUUAAGACAACUUUUCAUUUAGAACUCUGAGACUAUUUUGGGAACUUCUCAAAGGAAAAAUAUGAAAUUUUUGUCAUUGUGUGCUACAUCCACUGCUCCUGAGGGACAACUUUAAACAUCUAUAAUUCAUUCAAUAUAGAAGUGAGCCAUGGUGGAGAAAUGUAUCACUCAAUUAGAUUAUAAACAUCCAUAUUAUGUUCCAAAUUGUUUACAUUGUCCUCCAUAAUGGAAUUCACCUCCAAAUUAUCUGAAAAAUAACUGGGAGUAAUUGAAUAUCAACCCAGGUCCUAUAUUGAUUAUGCAACUGUGUUAUAAAUACAAAUCAAAUUAAGAAAACCUGACAUUUCAGAGGCUGGAAUGAUCAACUUGUUUCUGUUGUUUACCUGACACGGAUUAUUGUUUGACAACAUUGUUACUAUGAAAAUCACACAUUCUUUUUGGUGUUUGAGUAUUUUUUAAAAAAAUAUAAAACUGCAAGUUUCAAUUACUGUUGCACUAGAACAAAUGCUUUUUUAUAUUGUAAUUUUAUAUUUAUGAUGUCAAAAAUAGAUUGAAUAUAUGUCAGUGUAACAGGGGUCAAAUACAAUCAAAGCAACAAAGAAAAUAAUUAGAAGCAUCAAUGUCAAAUUUAAUUUUUUAUCUUUUCCAAAGAAAUCAUAUCUACAAAAUCUAGUUUUAUGCAGGUUAUCACAACAAAUUGAAGAGCAACUUCAAGAAAAAUAAACUUAAAAUUGUAGCGCAAAAUUUUUUUUGCAAAUACACAAAAUCAAAGAAAAAAGGGAUGUAAAGGUUUGAAGAAAUAAACUAUUAAUUUAAAUGUAACUAAAUGUGAAACCCCUGAUAUUUAGCAUAUCAGAUUUUGUAAUAUAUUUUGCAUAAAUUAUUUGUUAAUCAAAAUUUUGUCAUUCUAAGCCCAAAUUAAGCUUUAUUUUUUUCCAAUAUCUAACUUCCUUACAUUGUAUUGUUUUGAGCAUUCUUAAUCCCCUAUGCUGAGACUUGGCUUUGCACAAAAUUUAUAGAGGGCUACAAAUCUCUUAUUUGUGGGACUGAAAUCAAAUGCAAAAUUUUAUUUAUUAUGUAAAUCAAAAUGUCAUCUGCCAAGUUGUUCAUUAGAAGUUGUCCUUGCAAAGAUCCAAAAGAAAGAAUUAGUUUGUGUAAAUAAGCACUUCAAGUCUAUUUUCAGACAGUUUCAAAUUGAUAAAUGACUUAGAAAUUUUAAGGUUCCAAGGAGCCUUACAAAUGUAUGCUUUUAUUUCCUGAAACAAACCAUUUUCUUAAACAUUUAAUUUCACCUAAAGUAAGCAACUAUAAAUAAAUCAAUUUGGGAUGACAGCUCUGAGCAUCCAAGUUCCUAAGCUACAGUUAAAGGCAAAUAACUAAAAUUUUAAGACUUCUCAUAUUUGAAAUUAAAAGGGUCUUUAAAAAGAAAAGAAAAAAAAAGAUGUUGGGUUAUUUGCUUCAUGUUUAUUGUGCCAUGGAAGAGGGAGGGGGGAAUGGUAAACACCUGCUAGAAUAGAUGGUGUCUGGAAUCUUUAUCCCUUUGCAAUUGUGUUAGUUUCUGUCUAAAAUUUUAAUUCUAAACUAUCUUUUUCACCAUUUGAUAAUUUCCCAUUUCCUCCAAGUACCUGCCCUUCCCAUUGAUGUCUCCAUUCCUAUCUAUUGCUCAAUCAUUUAAAUAACUAAAAUCUGUUUACCUGUGUUUGGAGUUGAAAAAUGGAGAGUUUGACCCAGUGUGAUUACAAAAACAGCAACAGCUGCAGUAAACAAUAAAGUUUUGCUGUGUUUUGAGGUUUCCAAACCACACAAACCUUCUCAUUUUGUCUUCAUAUCAACCCUAUGAAGACACAUUAAUCUCAAAGAAAUUGAGUCCUCACCCAUGAACACUGGGCUAAUCACUGAUGUACUUUAACCAUUCUCAAACUUCACAGGCUAUUAGUCUUUCAUUAAACUGAAAGCUUUCUCUCUCUGAUUAGUGCUGACAACAUCCAAGAUAGUGAAUAGAAUAAAAGAAAAAAAAAGUUUGACAUGUUGUUUAAUAAUCUCUACUUUAACUCAGUUCCUUCAGUUUGUAUAAUACAUGAGCUAAAUGAACUCUUUCUGGUCUCUCACGCUAAAAUUCUAUAGCAAGUCACAUAUCUCAAUAUAUAAGAUCAUUUAUAAAUAUGUAGAACAGUGACUCCCAAAUGUGGAUGUAGGUAGUCCCCAAGGUGCAGACAAAAAUUCAAGAAGCACAGGGAGAGAAACUAAAAACCGUCUAAAUUGAGAUUGUGUGGGUAGAUGUAAAAAAGAUCCAUAACACAAGGUUGAACACAUACACAUGUUGAACACACGUUCAACUAAACACGUGUUUGAUUCAGAGUUGAUAGGGAAGACUGUAUGUUUUUUCUUCUUUUGUUUUGGCAAGAUUCUUUUUGAAACAAAAUUUUAAAAAACUGUCAUAAUAGAAAACAAAUUUCUCUAUUUUCUUUCCAAUACAAAUGAAAUAUAACUUAUCCAAACUAAUGCAUAGAUGCUAAAACCUGUGUUAACAUGCAAAUAUUUUACUAAUCUUUUCAUUUUUGUCAAGUCUCUAUUCCUACUCCCUCUUUCAAGUUCUAGAAAAACAUACUAAUUUUUAACAUAAAUUAUAUUUUUGGAAGCAAAGAAAACUAUUCCAAAUUUAACACUCAAGACAAAUGACAUAACCCAAUUUGAACUCAGAUCUGAUUACAUAAACUGCUUAGAAACAGUAAAAUCUUUUUACAAAAAUACUUUCUAAAAUAAAACCUCUAUUUAUAAAAGUAAAAAUACAUUUGUUUUCAAAUGCUCCUGACUGGAAGACAAUAUUAUCUCUUAAAGUAAAGAUUCAAAAUAAAUAAAGAAACAGAAAGCAUGAAAACAGAUACCUGGUGUGAACUGUGAGAAAGCUGGUAGAAAGAAAAUCAGAUAUUAUGAGUAAAUGACAGCAAGUUAAGGGAGAGAUAAUAGAACUGGCAGAAAUUUGGUCUCAGAGAGAAAUUGAGAAAUCUCCAAAGCAGAUAUAAUAAUAUAGUUCUUAACAGUUUAUCAUAGGGGUAGUAGUUUAACAAUCUCUUAAUGUGUUAAAAAAAAAUCUCAAGAUCCUGAUGAGUUUGUUUUGUAGCAAAAAAUCAGAGGAUGAAUUGGUCUUGUAGCAAAAACUUCUUCUACCCCAUUUACCUCCUCAACUUGCCAUAGCUGUCCCUAAAAAGAGAGUAGCCAAGGAACAAUACUUUCAAAAUUCUGAUUUAACUACAAUCAGUAAUGACAAUCAGUAAUGGUGCUUCAUUUUACUGCAAUGGAGAAGAAACUUGAAAUUUUAAAAACAAAUACCAGAGUAGUGAUGGGUCAUUUUUAAAGGUUUUCCAUGGCAAACCAUUAGAUUUUAUUAUAAGAUAGAAGUAGACUUAUAUUUACUGAAUUCAUCUGGAUUAAUGGAGAAAAUAGUUUUAAGACAACAUGGAUAAAGCAAACGGGUGUUUCCCCCCCCCCAUUUAUUUGUUUAAGCUUUUAUCAUCCAUCAUAUCCUUGAAGUUAUUAUUAAGAGGUUGAGAUUACCUUAAGUGCCAUGAAAAAAUACUAGAUUUACUGAAUUAGAAUCUCUGAGAUAAUACCCCAAAUAUGAAUUGCUAACACAUUACUCAGGUGAUACCAAUGCAUGCUAAGUUUAUAAUAAUAUUGCUUAAAUAAGGAUUUACUUUUCCAAACCAAGUCAUUCUAGUGCUUUUUGUCCUAACAUGAAAGAAUUAAUCCUUGUUCCUUUACUAUACCAAUGUGAAUAUGGGGUUCUAAGCCUAGCUGAACAUUUUUCUUGACUAGAGGACUACAAAACAAAGGAAAACUAUACAUACAAUGCCCAGGUUAUUUUCUGACAAACUGUUGUUUAAAGAUUGUGCUCCCCAGUAACUCCUUGAACAAUCGUAUUUGAAAACAGCCUUCAAAUAGGCAAGUUACUUCCUUGGAUAGUCAUAGAACAGCCUAAGAGCUGGAGGAGACAGGAAAGAAUUAAGCUAUGAUGUCAGGCACUUUGCUUUCCUCAUCUCAUUUUUAACCCAUCUUAGUAAAGUGGUAUAAUCAUCACUUCAAAGAAGAGGAAAAUAAGAAUCAUGGUUGUAAGCAACUUACCAAUGUUCAUAAAGUGGAAUUGAGGAUUCAAAUCCAGAUUUACCAGAUGCUAAAGGUAUAUUAUUACCACCCCACAGCACAUUUUCAAAAGUGAGAAAAGAUCAUAAUCAAUAUAACUCAGCUCAUGGUUUUAAUGGAGGGAGUGGAGACAGGAGAAAAAGAAUAUGCAUUCAUAUUUAUAAAUGGAAAAAUUACAAAAAUUUCAUACUAUGUAGAGAAUUCCUUCAAAAUCCCAAAUUUAUAUCUUAAUGAAAAGAAAGAUCAUUAGUCUCUUUUUUAUACACUGUUUCCUAAAAAGAGUGAACAUUUGAAAGAAAGCCCUGCAAACAAUAAAUGUUCAUUAAUUAUUUUCAUUUAUAAUCAUUCAGCCUCUUUUAAACUUACAACUUAAAAUAUAAGUAACUAUCUAUAAUAUAAUCUUCAACUGGUCAAAAGGGGGUCAGCAACUGAAGCAAAAAUUAUAUGAAUGGUCAAUUAAGUCACUAAGUAAAAAUGACUAAGUGAAGAAAAACACUAAUAAUAUACAGUCACACACUGUCAAUCAGCAAAAAAUAUGUCAUGGGUUGCAGAAUGAUUCUAUAUGGCAAUAUUUUGGGGGAGCAUUGUUACUUUCACAAAUUAUGUCUAGAAGCAUACCACAUAAAUAAGGCAGGAAGAUAACCUUUAUGAAACAAUGCAAACUCUGCUUGUUCUACUCAAAACAUAUUAUUAUUAUUUAAAUUUUAAAAAUACAUAUCAUUUUCUUGUUAGGGUACUAUAACUUUUUUAUCAUUAUGUGAAGAUGGCAAAAUAAAAUACAUUUUUAAAACUUGUUUUUAAACUCCAUCUUCAAAUAAAUUUUCUUCAGUCUCAAUUGUUCACAAAUGAUUCUUAAAUUGACUCUCAACUGUUAUUGUCUCCAAGAGCUUUUUUAUUAAACCACUGUGCUGUCUCUUUUAUUUCUCCCUGAACCUGCACAAAUUUCAAUAAUGUCAAGAACAAUUACAUUAACAUUAUAUUCCACCACUAUCUGAACAUGAAGUGUACAUGUGAAACAACUUUUAUUUAUAAUACAUACAGGAUUUCAAGUCAGUAAAAAUUUCUGUGAGUCAAGCCUACUAAAAAUAAUCACUAAUGUAAAUGUGAUAAACUAGGCCAUACAUUUAAAACAAUAAAUCUAGCAAAGCAAUAAUUCUAACACCAUGAAUCUAAUUUCACUACAUCUACUCAUCCUGGCACAAUGGAAAAUUUUACCUGAAAUAGCUAGAAUAAUUUUGAUUCUGAAUAAUAAAGAUGGUCCUGAUAUCUGGGUUGAAGAUUUGGUGAAACACAAUGAAGAGGACAAAACACAUACCAAGAGGUAAGUGAUGGAAAUGUGAUUUAGUAUUACUGGAUAAUCUGAAAGUAAUUGUUAAAACUAAGACUCAAAUUUUAGAAUAACAUUUGUGUUAUCAAAUGUAAUCAGUAAAGGUCAGCAUGGACAUUAGAUAGGUAAGAGCAAAUGUAUAUUUGUGAUAGUAAUAUGUAUGAGAUAAAUGAUAUAUAAAUACACAGAUAGUUUUGAUUAUCCCAAAGAGAGAAUAUUAAGAAUAAAAAUUAGUUCAAGAACUAUCACUGUUAAAAGUCAGAAAUAAUUUAAAACUAAAUGCAAAAUGAUAUUUUCAAGGUUGAAUUUGAAAUAGCCCCCAAAUUAUAAACCCCCAAAUUUUGCUUCAUCUAUAUAAGUAAAUUACAUUAAUUCAUACACAUCUAGUAAAAAAUCCCAAAAUCAAGAAAUGAAUUGUAAUUUUACAUAUACUCCAUUUGUUCUUCCUGCUUUACAUAAAUAUUUGCUUUUAAUUACAGAUGGAUAAAUAUAGUAUCCUAAGCAGUCUGAUAAGAACAUGAUGAAAAGUUGGUCUCUGUUGUCAUUCUGCUCUGCCAUAAGGCAAUUAUCAAGGAGGAAUAUCCACCACAGUGGGGAGCCAGGAAGUGGAUUUUUUUUAGUCCUCUACAGCUGGUCUUGACCUAGGCACUUGUAAUGCUCAUUAUCUCUUGGUCUUGCUUCAUAUUCAUUUAUUAAAAAAGGAAAUUAUUGCCUUGAGAUAAGAGCCAAGCAGCUCAUAUUAGGUCAGACUAUACUUACACCUUUAUCUAGAAAUCUAGAUAAAGACAUUAAAUAUCUCCACAUGCUAUCUGGAGAAAAACUUGAGAUCCUUGUGAUAUCAACAUUUUUUUUUCAUCUUCGGAUUUGAUGGAAUGUUAAGUUCAGUGUAUGAGACAUUCUUCAAAACUCCUUGCCAGCUUCUUCUUUAACAAACUUCAGAUCUGAAUUCUUCAACCUAUACUAUAUUUACAAAAGGGUAUUCCAGAAUGACCCUUUGUAUACUUACUUCAUCAUUUUGUGGAAGAACAAUGUAAGGCUUGAAUUGUAACAUUUACUGACUCUUCCCUGCCUUUAACUCCACUUAUGAUAUAAAAUGUGUGAGUUUGAUAUGGUGUUUUGGUAAUACCAUAAAACAAUUGGAAAAAGAAUCUUCUACCAGAUAACCCUUUAUGUAAUAGAAAACAGGUAGUUUAAGGUCACUUCUUGUUAACUUAUCUGAUAGUUUCCAGAUAAACUAAGUGCAUGCCUUCUUGCAGCUGAGAAUAUAAAUAUCAUUUUCCAUAAUUAAAACAUGGUUUUGUUGUCCUACAAUUUCACUGAGGACAGACUUCAUACAUCUGAUUGUCUUCUGUAAUUGCCACCAUAGGAUUAUAUAUUUAAUUAUUUCCAGAAACACUGACUUGAUAACAAUCACUUUAAUAUAGAAUUAUAACAACUAACACUGAAUGCUUACUUUUCCAAGUAAUUGACACACAUUAAUUAUUGAAGUGAGUACUAUUGUUUUCCCCUUAAAAAGAUAAAGAAACGGAUGCAGAAAGUAAUUAUAUAACAUAAAGCUAGUAAAUUGUGGAACAAGGAUUCAAAAUCAAGUGAUGGGUAUACUGACAAACUGACCCCUACUAACUGUGCAUUAAAUGCCCCCUGUUAGAUCCCAACCUUGAAUUUUAAAGUUUAUUCAUUUAAGGCAAUAACUUAAGACAUCAUAAAUAUAAUGGUUAGAGUUUACAGUAUACCUAAUAUAUUCUUCGUAGAAAGUAAGAAUUUUUAAGUCCCUGUCCCCAAGAGGCUUUCAAUCUUCACAGAGAGAAAAGACAUCCACAAAAACAAAAAUUCUAAUAGACACAUUUAAUACCUGUAAACAGCAAUUAUGAGAAAAUAAAAUCAAAUUUCCUAGGGAGUUGAGGAUAUCUCAGGGCAAAAAUGGGAACAGAGAUAGAACUUGAGACUGGCAGUAUUUAGAUCACAAAAUCAAGAUGAAAGGGUAAUGAAGAAGGAAAAGGAAGAAUAUAUUUUCACUUAUGAACAUCUGUUAUUCUGAUAGUAUUUGUCAGACCCAUGCUUCUCUGGAAGAAAAAUAUCAGGCUUAAUUUUUGUCUUGUUUCCCUAAAAUUCCAAAGAUAAUUUUUUUUUCUGGCUGUAGCAAAUCUUUUAGCUUUUUAUAUAGGUAAAAUAUUUUCUGCAUUUUUCAAACUUUGUUUUUCUUAUUAAUCUUAUUUUAUCCAUUGUGUUUUGUCUUUUUUUACAAGGUUGGGAAGCAAACAAUAUUGAUUCUUUGUGGAAAAUGUUGUAAACCAGUUUUAAUAAAAUGAUCAUAACCCAUUUUAAAGAUUGAUCCAGGCAGCCCGAUUAAUUUAAAAUAAUUAUGUGAAUUAAACAACUUCUUAGAAGCUAAUUACAGUCAAAGGAUGUUUGGUAUCAAGUAAAAGCAUGUUACUGAAACUAUUUGGUGUCAUAUUUAACACAUGGCCUUUAGCUUUUUAUUUUUUCAACCUUUUAUUCUUGAGGUAAGUAUUGGUGAAUACUAAUCAGAAUUUUAUUCUAAUGUUUAAAAACAAAAGUUAUUUUUGAUUGAUACAUCUUACAAAUAAACUAAAAUAUUACAUGAUUAAAGACCAUGAUCAAACUGUGUAGGUAACAGAAAAAAGACCAGCAUUGGAACUCACAUGUAUUUUAAUUAGACUAAACAUAUCAAUAUUUAACAAUAUGUAGAAUCAUUUUUGCCUUAAAAUUACAGAUAAUUGUCUAUAAAGCUAUUAUUUGAAAAGCACAUUCAAAUAGAUUCACAAGUAUUAAUUUAGUGUCCUUUUUCUUUUAUAU